CGGGGCGGGGCUGCACGGAGUCCCGGCGGCGGCGACCGCGGCGGCUGCGGACUCGCUAGUCCUAACGCCGGCGGGUCCCAGGCGCAACCGGAUCCCGCCAUGGAACAGCCCAGGAAGGCGGUGGUGGUGACCGGGUUCGGCCCUUUUGGGGAACACACUGUGAACGCCAGCUGGAUUGCAGUCCAGGAGCUGGAGAAGCUGGGUCUGGGCGACAGUGUGGACCUGCACGUGUACGAGAUCCCCGUGGAGUACCGGACGGUGCAGAGGCUCAUUCCCGCCCUGUGGGAGAAGCACAGUCCCCAGCUGGUGGUGCAUGUGGGGGUAUCGGGCAUGGCGACCACGGUCACACUGGAGAAGUGUGGACACAACAAGGGUUAUAAGGGCCUGGACAACUGCCGCUUCUGUCCCGGCUCUCAGUGCUGCGUGGAGGACGGGCCGGAGAGCAUCGACUCCAUCAUCGACAUGGACGCUGUGUGCAAGAGAGUCACCACGCUGGGGCUGGAUGUGACAGUGACCAUCUCGCAGGAUGCCGGCAGAUACCUGUGUGACUUCACCUACUACACCUCCCUGUACCAGAGCCACGGCCGCUCGGCCUUCGUCCACGUGCCCCCGCUGGGCAAGCCGUACAACGCCGACCAGCUGGGCAGGGCGCUGCGGGCCAUCAUCGAGGAGAUGCUGGGCGUCCUGGAGCAGUCAGAGGACAAGAUGGACUGCUGCCACCAACACUGAGAGCCACUCAGGCCUUCCACGACCUUGGCCCGCUGGGGACCCCAGGAGGGACAUCCGCCCUGGGCCUGGGGAGAGACAAGCUGCCAGCACGCCGAGCACCAAUCUGAGCGGGUCUGGCUGGCCACCUCUCACCCCUGCUCCACGGAAGCUCCCGUGGCCUCCACGAACGGGCUGAGAAACCUCUCCUGUCCCCUGUGCAUUUGGGGACCAGCUGCCCUCAGGAGGUCAGCCAGUGGACAGGUUUCCAGAGAGCCUGGGUCGGGCGCCUUCCUGAGUCUGGGGGAAGGAACUCGAGUUCACUGCUCCAGACUGUUUCUUCUCAAAGUCAAGGCUCGUGAAGACUCUCGGCCCAAAACUGUGUCCCCAGAGUGUGAGUGUCCCCAGACGGGGCCGCCUUGAGAUGUGGCUGGUUUUCUGUUCUCUUUUUUCUCUCUCGUGUAUUAGUUUGGAGCACAGAGUAAUUUAUAUUCCCUUUGUUAAACAGUGGCUUAGCCAGGGACCCAAGUGUCUUCUCUUCUUCCUGGGGUGUGGCCCACUUUGGCCUCCUGCCCCCCAAACUGGACUGAAGCCUCCGUAUCUUUGUUUCAGAGACCCCCUUGCUCCACAGAGGGGGCCCAUGGCCAGGCCAUGGUGCAGCCACGGGGUCCUGGUCCCUUGACCCUGGAGCUGUGUGCUGUCCUUGGGGGCCUCCAGCACCCCUGGGAAAGCAGCUCUGGGCUGCUUGUGACUUAAAUAUGCCACGUGUCGCAGCCUCGGAGGCCUCCCUGGCCACCUGGGGCCCGAGGCCUGGAGCUGGAGCCCGGCAUGUCCCGGCAUGCUCGGGCAGACCCCGGCAGGCCCAGCGGGUUCCAGGCGAAUGGCUUUUGGAGCCUUGCCCGGGACUCAGGAGUCAGUCUGCACCUUGCCCCGUGCCGACUUUGAACUUGCCGGGCGGGUGGGCAGCAUCCCUCGGGAGGUGGCUGAACUCAGCCCCACCCUGACGCCUGCCGGCCAGGAGAGAGCACCGACCCACAGCAGUGCCACGCGGGAGGAAGAUGCGUGUGGGGACCGUUGCCUUUUCUCUUGGGGAGGAAGGUGGCUUUUCGUUUCCCUGGGAGGGACUCUGCUGGCCUCCCAGGUCUUCUCCACCCGAGGUGGUCGGUUGGGUCUCUUCAGCUCACUUCCCUUCCCUCCCGUCCCCAGGCCAGGUGGCGCCUGGGCCCAGCUGCCCUGUGGUCACCUGGGACCUGGUAGCUGGGCUUGGUCAAGCGUGUCCCCUGGCAGGCGAGUGGCUCGGUCGUGGGACUCGGGGUCUGCGCUGGGCAGCGGGCAGGACUGGCUGGCAGGUUAGACCAUCGGUGCCUGCUGCCUCCCUGCCCAUCCUCCCCCUUCUGGGCACUGUCCCCCGAGCCCCCAGCCCGAGCGCUCGGUCUCAGAGAGCCGGAGGGUGAGAUGUCACCACGUGCGCCCGGCCGGCUCUGUGAGUGGGAGCUGGGGCACUUCCAAGUGUGGGGACCGGGACAAGGGGCUCCCCAGGGUCUCCCUCAGACCAGCUCCAGGCUCAGGUCUGUCUGUCCCCAGAGACCCUAGCGCGACACGGUGGGAGGGUGGGAGGGGGCCGUCUGGGCUUAGCUGGCCCCUGCCACCCCCUGGGGGCUGUCCCUGGGCUCCAGGUCCUGUGGGGCCCAGCUCCCUAGAAACGCUGCCCGUGGGUCGCGUCGUCACGGAGCUGGGCUGGUCUCCUGUGCUCAGCCGUGGAAGGGCACCCACGUCCCGCCUCCUCUUUUCCUCCCAGGUUGAUUGUUUUAGCCUUUUCACUGGGGGACUCGUUCCCUGGUUGUCUGGUGAGUCUUGGCCUAAAAGUCCCUGUGUGAGAAGGGAGGACCGGGUCACCCUGACCCUUGGCCCUCGUCUUCAGACUGAGGUGGGAGCUGGCAGAGGCACAGUCUGUGAAGUGGGGUUCAUGGUGGAGAGUCAGGCUGGGGACGUGGCGGGUAGGCGGGUGGCAGGAGGGAAGUGACGCUGGGUGCAUCUUGUGGGACGCAGCAGGGGCCCCUGGGGGUGCUGAGGAAGGGGACCUGAUCCUGAGUGGCCUCGGCCGAUGACGGCUCCUUCCUCAAAGACGCCAGCCCGUGUUCCUCUGUGCCUUCCACCGGCCCCUGGGGACCUGGAGCGGAGGUCGGUGCGUGUGCAGGGGAGGUAGCUUGAGAAAGAAGGAAGAGGGCGGGCGGGAGGGGAGACGGGCGAAGGGACGGGGAAGUGGCCUGGUGGGCUGAGCUGGGUGCCACCUGGCCGACCUGCCGUGUCAAGCACUGGAGCACUCAAGGUCCCUGAGGACACUCAGGCCGGCCUGGCGGGGUGGUGGGGGUGCUGAGUCACGAUUUCCCAGUCAGUGCCAGAUUUUUUAAAGAAAAUGUCACAUUGCUCCAGGCACGGUGGCACGUGCUUGUCAUUUCGCUGACUCAGGAGGCUGAGGUAGGAGGAUCGCAAGUUCGAGGCCAGUCUCAGCAACUCAGCAAGGCCCUAAGCAACUUGGCGGACGCUGUCUCAGAAUGAAAAGGGAUGGGGAUGUGGCUCAGUGGUAGAGCCCCCUGGGUUCCACCUCAGGGCCAAAAGGAAGGAAGAAAGAAACAAGUUUCAGCAAAGGGAAACCCCUGCCCUGUUCUUCGCUGGUGGGAAAACUUCCAGAACAGCAAGGGAGGCUGGAAAGUAGACUUGGGAUGCCUGUGUGCUCGAGAAGCCCCCGUGGGGAGCAGGGCCAGCUGGCCUGUGUGCUCUUGUGCCUGCGCCCCUCCCUGGGGGUGGCCGGGUGCUGGGGCGGCUGGCAUGGGAACCAGCCCACGACGGGCCUCUUCUUGGCUGUGGCUGUCUAGACUGUUGACCUUUGACCUCCCCACCCCCUGCUAGCGUCUGAACGUCCAGGACAAAGCCCCGUUAUUCCCUGUGGCCUCAGCCUCUGCCCCAGGCUGCCGGGUAGCCCUAGGAGGCUGCAGCCGGCCCCGGGCACUGAUGGCCGUCGCAGAGACAGGCACAGGGCGCCCCGCGUGGCCACAGAGUCCCUGGUGUCCGUGGGGAAGAGCUAAGGCUCUGCUAAAUUUCCCUUCUCCAGGCACAGGCGCCUCGUGGGGCCCGGCUGCCGCCAGAGGGAGGGAGCGUUGGCAGAGGGGAAGCUGGGGACGGGGCCUCCAAGUCCCUCAGCACAGGGUUCCUGGGGGCAGGCCUGGCCAACCCCCCUGUGCAGUGUUCGGUCCUGAGUGGGUGCUGAACACCCUCGCGGAGACGUCCCCGGCCUCUGGGACGGUCGUCACACACUGUCUGGGGUGUCCGGACCUUGGAGGCCCAGCCCAGCCCCAGGCUGUCCCCUCCCGCCAGUCCCUCCCCUCCCUGUCCCCUGAACCUUUCUCCAGUUGCCCAGUGACCCACGAAAGUGCCUGCCCUGCUCUGGUGGUCAUGGGGCACGAAGAAGGGGACAGGGCCCUGGUGCCAGAGGUGGCCAUGUCCCCCUCCAGCUGGACCCGGGUCCUCUAAGCCAUCAGCAGGAUGGGUUGACAGGGCUUGGUCUUGAGGAAGUCCCCCAGGCUCGUCAAGGCCUGCAGCGUCCCAGUCCUGGCUGGACGUCGAGAAGGCCACACCUGGACCUUAGAAAGCAGGGUCCCUUUCUACCUGGCUUGUUUCUGGGACCCCCCAAAUCUCAGGUUUUAAUUUUGUUCUUAAUUUCUCUCUAGGAAAAAAUUCUUGCCGAAAGUGACUGUUUUCUGUCCCCAAAGGAGGGCCCAGCCCCUCCAGCCUCAGUGUGGCUUCUCCCUCACCCUGAAUCCCUGCCAGUGCCUUGUCUGAGACCCCCGUGCCCGGGACCCCUGGAGCAGAGACGGGUCCGCUGGGCUCUGCUUGCGGCUGGGUUCUGGGAGACUCCAAACUGGACACCCCAGAAGCAAAUAAAAUAGUUGAAGUGUA